AGCUCUAGUGUGAAUGUUUCUUAAUGUCGUCAGCUUUAUGACCUACUUGCACUGCUUUGUGCUAGAGGCUGCUCUAAUAGAGUGGGGUCAAACGUUGUUGUAUUGAUGCCAGCGGUUUGCAUUACUUGUUUGAAGGUAGUGGCUAUUGUGGGCAAUUAAACUAAUCAUGCUUGCUUUGUAUUUCCCAAGUAAGCCAAGAAAGGCUGUGUGAUCCACGGAAGGUGAUUGCCUGAAGCUUUUAGAGUUUCCGGAAACUGAUAUAGUGAAGUAGGUUUAUAAAGCAGUUAAUAUGACAAGAAGCUUGUCAGAAGUAGAGAAACAGUUUUGGAUGAUAAAGGCUUGGGUCCAAGCCAAGUUGCCAUCAAGAAGGAACGAUCAUGCUUUGGGUUCUGAGACCCAAGUUGACUAUCUUUCAUUAUUCGAGCAUUUUUCUUUUCACGUUCCUUUUUUAUUUCUUUAAUGUCAAAAAGAUCAGCAACAACACAAUUAAAUGAGACAGAAAUGAUUAAAAGGAGCCAAUUUUCGUUUCCAUUAGAAGCUAAUGAACGAUACGAAGGCUCAUUUCCAGUGUAUAAGCAGCCUCAGGAAUUAACAUGUUAUAGCAUAGAUCAUCAUCGACGAGUUUGGUUUGAUGAUCGAGAAAUGAAAUAUUAUUAUCCACCUUUAGGAAAAGACUUGAAUGUUGGUUACGAUCAGUUUAUUCAAAGAGACGAAUCAGUAUCUGAACACAUUGAUACCUUACUUGAUGCACUCACGACAGUAAAACAGAAGCAUCCAUCGGAUAUACAAGCUGAUAUUGUUACUUGGCGUGGUAUAAUGACAAAGAUACUAUGUACACCCUAUAGUCGAAGAGAUGCUUGGGAACUACGUGCGACAAGAUACAAUGGAACUAUUUUUAUUGAAGAACAAUCAUUAAAAGACAAUAGCAAAGACACAGAUCGACAAAAACUUAUGGGAUAUUGGGGCUAUCGAUUUGAAACACUCUGUACUGUCAGUCAACCACCACAUAAAGUAAACAAGGAAGAGCUAAAGAAACGCGAUAAUGAGAGUGCAAAUACAAAUGUACAGUACUGUGUAGUAGUAAAGACAAAAUUAGGCAAUAAUUCCAUUAUUAUGGGAGCAGAGGUGGACUGCUGUAGAGACAUCAAACCAAAAGAUCCCACUGCACAAUUGAGCAAUUAUAUAGAAUUAAAGACAUCUAGAGUAAUAGAAACAGGUAGACAUGACUACUCAUUUCAAAGAUACAAACUAUUGAAAUUUUGGGCACAAUCCUUUCUUGUUGGUGUACCACGAAUUAUUUGUGGGUUUAGAAAUGACAAUGGUCUAUUAAUGGAAGUGAAGCAAUACAAGACAUUAGAAAUUCCUCGACAAGUAAGAAACACGAAAAACACGUGGAACCCUGCUGUAUGUUUAAAUUUUGCAAAUCGAUUGCUGGAUUGGAUUCAACAUAAUAUCACUGAAGACGAUCCUACGACGACGUAUCAAAUUGAAUUUAAAUCACCUUUUGAAGAGAUUAAUAUAAAGUGCACAGGCCAUGCCAAUGUAUUUUUAACUCAGAGGUUUAUUGAAGGAAAGACACUAAAUGAAAUUGGUGGCCAGAGAGCUACACAAAAGUAACCACUUCUUCAAACGCGUCAUAAUAAUAAAAUGAUCGAAUUGGAUACGUUUCAUCUAAAUUGAAAAAGUCAAUCAAAGCGAAUGAGAAAUCAUGAUUGAAAUGAAUAUGAAAAAAAAAGGGGAGAAAGCGUCGGUAUUAACAAGGGGAGAAUAAAGAGAGAGAGCUCGAUCGUAAACAAGGACAACUCAUGACACUCAGCAAAAAGCCUCUUCUACUCAGCACAUUCUAUAUUAAAAAGCCGCUUUCAGUUUAGAACCAGUUCCAUUACUGUCAAUGUGUCCAUCCCUUUUUUUGUUUCUAAAAAUAAUUUUUUUU